AUAGGGUCGUUUCUCAUCUUCUGAGCUUUAAGAGAGCGUAAUAAAAGGACCCUCCUGCUGCUCACCCGCUGGUCUCAGGUUUGGAGGUGGAGGCCUUACCGGGGUCCCCACAACAACUUCCGAGUGCGAUGGCGAUGGCCACUCUAAAGCACCAGGCUGAGGGCUGUGUGACCUUUGAAGAUGUGGCCAUUUACUUCUCUCAGGAAGAGUGGGAAAUCCUUGAUGAGGCUCAGAGGCUCCUGUACCUUUAUGUGAUGCUGGAGAGCUUUGCACUUACGUCAUUGGGUUGUGGACAAAGAGGAGAGGCUCAGGAGGCAUCUUUGCAGAGUCUUUCUGUGGAAGGAGUGUCACACUUGAACACUAAAGCACGUCCAUCCACCCAGAAGACUCACCCCCAUGAGAUCUGUGCCACAGGCUUGGAAGACAUUUUGAACCUGACAGCUCCAGCUGUGCUGAAGCAGUUCUUAGUUGGGGUAUGUGCAAGGCUUCCCCAGCACCAGAAACAUCCCAGUGCAGAGAAACACUUGAUGAGGGACGUGCACAAGAAACCAUUUGAGGAGAGCUAUGAAUUUUGUGUGUCAGGGAAGACUCUUAAUUGUCUAGAACUUUGGGAGGAUUUUCCAGUUUUUUUUGAUUUUCUGAAGCCCCAGUUUAUUCAUACAGAUAAGAAGCCAAGCAACAAGUGCAGAGAAGAGUCCAGCCACAAAAAUAUGUCUUUUCAUAACAUUUUAACUUAUCCUAGGAAAAAUCUGCAUGCAUAUAGUAUGAAUCUGAAACUGUUCCAUGAUGAAUACUCACCUGUUCAGCAACAGAGUCUCCAUAGUGUAGAAAGGCCUUAUGAGUGUAGAGAAUGUGGCAAGUCCUUCAAGCUCAGACAUACCCUUAGUGUACAUCAGAGAAUCCACACUGGAGAAAAGCCAUAUGAGUGUACAGAAUGUGGCAAAUCAUUUUGUUACAAAAGUUCCCUUACUCUACAUCAGAGAAUCCACACAGGAGAAAGGCCUUAUCAGUGUAGCGAGUGUGGAAAAUCCUUUGCAGGAAUGUGUGCCCUUAAGGCACACCAUCGGGUCCAUUCCGUAGAAAGACCUUAUGAGUGUAGAGAAUGUGGCAAGUCCUUUAAGCAAAUACAAACCCUUAGUGUACACCAGAGAAUCCACACUGGAGAAAGGCCUUAUGAGUGCACUGAAUGUGACCAAUCAUUUCAUCAAAGGCGUUCCCUUAUUCUCCACCAGAAAUUCCACACGGGAGAAAGGCCUUAUCAGUGUGGAGAAUGUGGGAAAUUAUUUGCACGAGAUGAUAGCCUGAGUACACACCAGAGAAGACACACUGGAGAAAAGCCUUAUGAGUGUAGAGAAUGUGAGAAAUCCUUUGCAGGAAUAUGUUCCCUUAAGAAUCACCAGCGUGUGCAUACUGUAGAAAGAUCUUAUGAGUGUAGAGAAUGUGGUAAAUCCUUUAAGCAAGUACAAACCCUUAGUGUACACCAGAGACUCCACACUGGAGAAAGGCCCUAUGAAUGUACUGAAUGUGGCAAAUCAUUUCAUCAAAGACGUUCCCUUAUUCUACACCAGAAAAUCCACACAGGAGAAAGGCCUUAUCAGUGUGGAGAAUGUGGAAAAUCAUUUGUGCGAGGUGCUAGCCUGAGUAUGCACCAGAGAAUCCACACAGGAGAACGGCCUUAUGAGUGUAGACAAUGUGGGAAAACAUUUAGACAAGGAAGUGCUCUUCAUAGACACCAGAAAACUCACACUGGAGAAAGGCCUUAUGAGUGUAGAGAUUGUAGCAAAUCCUUCAAGACAAAAGAUGCCCUUAAUGUACACAAUAGUGUUCACACUGGAGAAAGGCCUUAUUGUUGUGAUCACUGUGGAAAAUCUUUUAGUCGACGUGCCAACCUAAUUAGUCACUGCAGAAUUCAUAGCGAAGAAAUAUCUUAUGGAUGCUAUGCAUAUGGGAAUAUCUUGAAGCAGAAUUCUGCUAUCAGUGGACAACAGGUGGUUUAUUCUGGUAAAAAGCCUUAUCAAUGUAGAGAAUGUGGGAAAUCGUUUUGGCAUGUAGGUGCCCUUAAUGUACAUCAUAGAGUCCACACUGGUGAAAGGCCUUAUGAGUGUAAAGAAUGUGGGAAAUCAUUUAAGGUAAUAGGCACUCUUACUGUACAUCAAAGAGUCCAUACUGGUGAAAAGCCUUAUAAGUGUUUAGAAUGUGGGAAAUCUUUUAGGCAAAUGACUGCUCUUAGAGGACACAAGAGAAUUCACACUGGAGAAAGGCCUUAUGUUUGCAGAGAAUGUGACAAAUCCUUUAGGACAAAAAAUGCACUUAAUGUACACCAGCGCCUUCACACUGGAGAUCGGCGUUUUAAGUGUGAAAAAUGUGGAAAAUCUUUCAUUCAACGUGCCUCCCUUAUUAGUCACUGCAGAAUUCAUACUGGAGAAGAGUCUUAUGAAUCCUAUGAGUAUGGGGAAACAUUGAGGCAAAAUUCUAUUGUCAGUAGAUGCCAGGUAAUUAACAAUGGAAAAAGUCCUUAUCAGUGUAGAGAAUGUGGGAAAUACUUUGCACGACCAGCCUACCUUAAUGCACAUAAGAAAGUUCAUAGUAAAGUAAGGCCUCACGAGUGUAGAGACUGUGGAAAAUCAUUUAAACUACGACACACUCUUACUAUACACCAGAGAGUCCAUACUGGUGAAAGACCUUAUAAAUGUAUAAAAUGUGGGAAAUCUUUUAAGCAAAUAGGUGCCCAUAAAACACACCAGAAAAUUCACAGUAGAGAUGGUCUUAUGAAUUUAGAGUGUGUGGUAAAUCACCCAAGCUAGGAGAUGAACUUUUUGUCCCCCAGAGAAUCUGUACUGGAGAAGGACUUACAGAUGCAGAAAAUGGGCCAAACCUUUACACCACUCUGUGGUCUCCACCAAAAGUAUCACACCAAAGAAACUUCCCAUGAAUGAGGCAAUUGUGGGAAGUUUUUGGGUCCCACCUUUUUGAGCAGCAGAAUGUCUCUUGCUUGAGAAAAGCCCUAGAUGUGAAAGGAAAGUGAUUUUUUAUGCAGUAUAUUUGCACUAGAGAACCUUUAAGAUUCCCUCUGCCUGAAGUUGAGCAACCUAUUUCCAAAUGUCUAGUGGCUGAGGUGCCCCAUGAAUCCAGGCACAGGAUAUGGCUCACAUGCAUGUUCUUCACAUUCUGCAUUUUCCAAUGCACUUGCUGAAUUUUCUUACUGGAGUCAUCCUCCUCAACCACCUUGCACAGUGGUACCCAGCUACACUGUCAAAUUACAUAUAUUUGUUCUCUCCUUCCUGGAAGGAAAUCUUGAGUCACCUUAGCCAUUAGCACAACUUUGUUCUGCUUUUGAUAGAUCAUGUCAUAAGAAAAACUCCAUUAGGGUCACAGGGACUCAAUUCAACUGAAGGCUUGCAAGGAAAACUUAACCUCUUCAUUAAAGUCACUUGUCUUACAUAACAUAGCCUCUAGUUCACUGAUAACCUUCUGCCUCACAUUUCUUUUGUUUGUACAAUAAUAAAGGCCUU